AGACGGUGAAGAAACAGACGCCAUUAAAAUCGAAAAAGGUGUGCGGCAAGGAUGCAUUCUUUCGCCUCUACUAUUCAAUUUGUACUCGGAACACGUUAUUAAAGAUGCUCUAGAUGAUAUUGCACUGGGAGUUAUUGUUAAUGGGCAAGUGAUUAAUAAUCUACGUUAUGCUGACGAUACUGUCCUAAUAGCUUCCACGCAGCAAGACCUACAAGAAAUAGUUAAUAGAGUAAACGAGUGCAGUAAUAGGGUGGGGUUAAGCAUGAAUGUGUCAAAAACAAAGUAUAUGGUUGUUUCGAAGAAGCCACAAUUGCUGUCACAAAUACAAAUCGGACAUAAUACCUUAGAGAGAGUUGACAAAUACAAAUAUCUUGGGUCAUGGCUAACAGACGCAUGGAAAAGUGACACUGACAUCCGGGUUCGCAUUGAAAUUGCUCGCCAAUCUUUUAUGAAGAUGAAGAAAGUUCUUUGUGGUCGUCAACUUUCUCUAAAACUCCGUAUCAGACUCCUACAAUGCUACAUUUGGCCCGUAGUUUUAUAUGGUUGUGAGGCAUGGACCCUAGUGGAGGACUUGAGGAAAAAGAUCGACGCCUUUGAAAUGUGGACGUAUCGCAGGAUGCUUCACAUAAGCUGGACGGCUAAGGUGUCCAACGCUGAGGUUCUUGCCAGGUUGCAGAAGAAGACCGAGUUAGUUAAAGCCAUCAAGCAGCGUAAGAUCUCGUACCUGGGCCAUAUUUUGCGACACGAUAGGUACCGCCUGCUGCAGAUAAUUAUGAUGGGAAAAAUUGCUGGAAAAAGAGGGGUUGGAAGAAGGAAGAAGUCAUGGCUACGUAACAUAAGGGAGUGGACUGGCAUAAAAACAGUAGGAGAACUAUUCCGGCUAGCCAUGGACAAGGAGAAGUUUAAAAAACUGACUGCUGACCUUCAGUAAUGGAGAGGCACAUAAAGAAGAAA